CCGGCGGGGAUUAUGGACCCGUCGGUUCCAAUCCGGAAUAUCAAGAUGAAAUUUGCUGUUCUGGUCGGACUGAUCCGGAUCGGAGAGGUUAGCAACAGGGAUAUUGUUGAAACUGUCCUGAAUUUGCAUCAGGAGACCAUAUGUUUUCUGACAGCAGUAUUCAGCAGGAGAAAACUCUGCACACUAAUCACAAAAUCCCUUGACUGUUGAGUCUAUCUGCAGCUGCUUGCUUCUACCAGUGCAGAUGCAACAUGAUGUCUCUGAAACCUGAGCUUGACUUCUGUCAGACUUUAUCUGAAGUGAGAACACCAACUUGGAAGAAGCUGCUAUUCCAAGCAUUUCAAGGGAUUAGAGGAACGACCGUAUGAUACAAGCCACUAGAACAGCAAACAUGUCUACAUCACAGUAAGCUGUGAGUAGGAGACCGGCGAAGCAGCGUGGCUUUCCCUUCGGACCCAGGGUGGUUGGGGGCGAGUUCGACCUGGAGACAAACUUCAUCAUCCAGGAGGCCGAAAGUAUCGGCUGCAUGUCGGAGCUGUUGGAGCACUGCGACGUCACCUGCCAGGCGGAAAUCUGGAGCAUGUUCACUGCCGUCCUUCGAAAAAGCGUUCGAAACCUGCAAACCUGUACUGAGGUGGGCCUCAUCGAGCAGGUGCUGCUCAAAAUGGGCUCAGUGGAGGACAUGAUUGCAGACUUGCUAGUGGACAUGUUGGGAGUGCUGGCCAGCUACAGCAUCACGGUCAGAGAACUGAAGAUGCUUUUCAGCAUGCUACGAGGGGAAGGAGGCCUCUGGCCGAAGCAUGCAGUCAAAAUGUUGUCGGUGCUGAAUCAGAUGCCCCAGCGGCACGGCCCAGAUGCCUUCUUCAAUUUUCCUGGUCGCAGUGCAGCAGCCAUUGCUUUACCUCCAAUUGCUAAGUGGCCUUAUCAGAACGGCUUUACACUCAACACCUGGUUUAGAAUGGAUCCUUUGAAUAGCAUCAAUGUUGACAAGGACAAACCGUAUCUCUACUGCUUUCGCACCAGCAAGGGCAUUGGCUACUCUGCACAUUUUGUUGGUAACUGCUUGAUUGUGACAUCGCUCAAGUCUAAAGGAAAAGGCUUUCAGCAUUGUGUCAAGUAUGAUUUUCAGCCCAGAAAGUGGUACAUGAUCAGCAUAGUUCACAUCUACAGCCGCUGGAGGAACAGUGAAAUCCGAUGCUACGUCAACGGGCAGCUUGUGUCUUAUGGAGACAUGGCCUGGCACGUCAACACAAAUGAUAGUUAUGAUAAGUGCUUCCUCGGGUCCUCAGAGACAGCAGACUCCAACCGAGUAUUCUGUGGGCAGCUAGGAGCCGUGUACGUGUUCAGUGAAGCCCUUAAUCCUGCACAGAUAUUUGCAAUUCAUCAGCUUGGACCAGGCUAUAAGAGCACGUUUAAGUUCAAGUCAGAGAGUGAUAUCCACCUAGCGGAGCACCAUAAGCAGGUGUUGUACGAUGGGAAGUUGGCCAGCUCCAUCGCCUUCACUUACAACGCCAAGGCCACGGACGCCCAGCUCUGCCUGGAGUCCUCGCCUAAAGAAAACGCCUCCAUCUUCGUGCAUUCACCACAUGCCCUUAUGCUACAGGAUGUGAAAGCCACAGUGACUCACUCCAUUCACAGUGCCAUUCAUUCCAUUGGUGGGAUACAGGUCCUUUUUCCCCUCUUCGCUCAGCUGGACUAUCAUCAGCUGACUGAGAGCCAGGUCGAAACCAGCGUAUGUGCCACUCUACUGGCCUUUCUGGUUGAGCUGCUCAAGAGCUCUGUAGCCAUGCAGGAGCAGAUGCUGGGAGGGAAAGGCUUCCUGGUGAUCGGGUACCUGCUAGAGAAGUCGUCUCGUGCACACAUCACCAGGGCCGUGUUAGAGCAGUUCCUCUCCUUCGCAAAGUACCUGGACGGUCUGACACUCGGGGCUCCGCUGCUGAAGCAGCUCUGUGACCACAUCCUGUUCAAUUCUGCCAUCUGGAUCCACACCCCUGCCAAGGUGCAACUGUCUCUUUACACUUAUCUUUCUGCUGAGUUCAUUGGCACGGCAACCAUCUACAACACGAUCCGUCGCGUGGGCACAGUGCUUCAGCUCAUGCACUCGCUGAAGUACUACUACUGGGCUGUCAACCCUGCGGACGGCAGCGGCAUCGUCCCAAAGGGCCUUGAUGGGCCAAGACCGACCCAGAAAGAAAUAAUUUCUCUUCGGGCGUUCAUGCUUCUCUUCCUCAAGCAGCUCAUCCUGAAGGACCGAGGUGUGAAGGAGGACGAGCUGCAGAGCAUCUUGAACUACCUGUUAACAAUGCAUGAGGAUGAGAAUCUGCAUGAUGUGCUGCAGUUAGUGGUCGCCCUCAUGUCAGAGCAUCCCGCCUCCAUGAUCCCAGCUUUUGACCAGAGGAAUGGGAUACGGGUAAUUUACAAGCUCAUGGCCUCCAAGAGUGAGAGCAUCAGAGUACAGUCGCUAAAAGUCCUUGGGUACUUCCUCAAACAUUUAGGCCACAAGAGGAAGGUGGAGAUCAUGCACACGCACAGCCUUUUCACGCUCCUGGGAGAGAGGCUCAUGCUGCACACCAACACGGUGACUGUGACGAUCUACAACACCCUGUACGAGAUACUCACGGAGCAGGUGUGCACACAGGUAGUUCACAAGCCUCAUUCUGAGCCCGACUCCACUGUCAAGAUUCAGAACCCAAUGAUUCUCAAGGUGGUGGCGACCUUGUUGAAGAACUCCUCCCCCAGCACCGAGCUGAUGGAGGUGCGGCGACUCUUCCUCUCCGACAUGAUCAAGCUGUUCAGCAACAGCCGAGAGAACAGGCGCUGUCUGCUUCAGUGCUCCGUGUGGCAGGACUGGAUGUUUUCCCUCGGCUACAUCAACCCUAAAACCUCGGAGGAGCAGAAGAUUACGGAGAUGGUGUACAACAUCUUCCGUAUUUUGCUCUACCACGCCAUCAAGUACGAGUGGGGAGGCUGGCGUGUGUGGGUGGACACGCUCUCUAUAGCCCACUCUAAGGUGACAUAUGAGGCACAUAAAGAGUACCUGGCUAAAAUGUAUGAGGAGUAUCAGCGUCAGGAGGAGGAGAACAUUAAGAAAGGGAAGAAGGGCUUAGUCAGCACUAUCUCCGGCUUGUCUGCUCAGGCCUCUGGCAUCAAGGGCACUAUUGAGAUCAGAGAAAUGGAGGACAGCUCCCACACGCCGGAGAGCGAGACGGACUAUGAGAGCGCCGAUCCUCGUAACCUGCUGGCUGAAGCCAAGGAGCCUGGAGAAAGUCUGAGGGCUCUGGAGAGCACAGUGGAUGACGUUAGGGUGGAAGUUCACGAUCUGCUGGUUGACAUCAAAGCGGAAAAGGUGGAGGCUACGGAGGUGAAGCUGGACGACAUGGACUUGUCCACUGAAAGUCUGGGAGUGUCUGAGAAUGGAGCGUUGGUGGAGGUGGACUCACUGUUGGACAGUGUUUACUGUGCAGCUGUGGAGAAGCUGAACAGUAACGUCAGCGCUGUGUUGCCGCCAAAGGGCAGCAUUGACGAACUCAACUCAGCCCCUCUCAUUACACUAGAUGAUGAUAAGGACAGCAUCCCUAACAGCAACGCCUUCCUGUUUGGAAAGAUGACAGGCAGCUUGGAGGACACGCUACUGACAGGUCUCAGUCCAGCUCAGCCUGUGGUCCUGCCCAGCCCAGAGCCUCCAGUUCACACCGGUGCCAGUGAUGAACUGGGCCUUUUAGCGCACAUGACGGGCAGCUCUGAGCUCGGGUCUUUACCCAGUAUCCUGGAGAAGGAUGAGUUUGAACUGCAGGCAGCUCUGGAGAGCAUCAGCUCUGUGGCUGCAACAGAGGCGGAGGCCUCCCCCAGAGACCGAGGGGUCAGUGGGAGCGAAGCCUCAGCAGCAUCUGAAUGUGACCCCUCAGCUGCUACCUGUAAGACGGGCAGUGCAGCCGAUGCAGCGAGCACCACGUCUGACGCUGAGAAAUCAGACGAUGGCAAAGACAAGGAGACGACGAAGAUCCAGACAACAGUUACCACACAGAGUCUGCAUGGCCGUCCAGCCGCUCAGACGGACAGGGACAUACGCGUGGACCUGGGCUUCAGGGGGAUGCCCAUGACCGAAGACCAGCGGCAUCAGUUCAGUCCCGGCCCACGCACCACCAUGUUCCGCAUCCCAGAGUUCAAGUGGUCGGCCAUGCACCAGAGGCUGCUCACCGACCUGCUGUUUGCGCUGGAGAGUGACGUCCAUGUGUGGAGAAGCCACUCCACCAAAUCAGUGAUGGACUUUGUUAAUAGUAAUGAGAACAUCAUUUUUGUCCACAACACCAUCCACCUCAUCUCACAGAUGGUGGAUAACAUCAUUAUCGCUUGUGGAGGGAUUUUGCCUCUUCUCUCCGCAGCCACGUCUCCCACCACGGAGUUGGAAACCAUCGAGGCAACGCAGGGCAUGUCUUCAGAGGCCGCUAUCACCUUCCUGACCCGUCUCAUGGUUUUGGUGGACGUGCUGGUUUUCUCCAGCUCCCUCAACUUCAGUGAAAUUGAGGCAGAGAAGAACAUGUCCUCCGGGGGCCUCAUGCGUCAGUGCCUGCGACUGGUGUGUUGUGUGGCUGUUAGGAACUGCCUGGAGUUCAGGGAGAGACACAGGGACGGGGGAAAUAAGUCUUCCAUUCUUAACAACCUCAAAACUCAGGAAAUACUGCAGAAUACGUUGACCAGCAAGACAGCUGUAGAGGCUGGGCCCAGUAACCUGUCUCCCAUCAAGGACCCUGAUCGCCUUCUGCAGGAUGUGGACAUCAAUCGACUGCGUGCUGUGGUGUUCCGUGAUGUGGACGACAGUAAACAAGCCCAGUUCCUGGCUCUGGCUGUGGUCUACUUCAUAUCUGUCCUGAUGGUCUCCAAGUACCGGGACAUCCUGGAGCCCCAGCGUGAGAGCGCCAGGAUAAGCAGCCAGCCAGGUCGCAGCAUGCGUCACGAGAUCAACUCUCCCACCAGCACAGAAACACCCCUGGAAUUUGAUAGUCGAGACCAUCUCGCACCAGCUGAAGAGCCCCACAUACGCAACGCUCUUCCCCACACAGACUCCGGGAUCGGAGAGGAGCACAUAGCCAGCAUCCUCAACGGGUCUGACCUGGACCACGGCACCGGACCGGACGCCACGAGCGGCCUGAUAUCGACGCUGUCCUCCCGGGACAACCUGUCCGAAUCGCCCGGCGCCGAGGGGCUGAAGGCGCCGUCGACCUGCGCCAUCGGCGUUAGCCAGGCCAACAAGGGCAUCAACGUGAAGGAGAUUCUGAAGAGCCUGGUGGCAGCUCCGGUGGAGGGCAUGGAGGCGGGGCUGGAGGCCGUGGCGCACGCAGACUCUGCUGCCAAGGCCCAAGCUAUGCUGCCCAUGCAGUUUCACUCCUUUGACAGGAGCGUGGUGGUGCCUGUGAAGAAAGCGUCCCCUGGCUCUCUGGCAGUGAACACGGGGGGAGGCGGCGGCAGCACCUCUGGUGGGUUAACAGCUGGCAGCACCCCCAAUAUCUUUGCUGCCGCAUCUCCAUCCUCCAAAAGCAUGAUCAACACUAUGGGGCCCACUGAUGCUGCCCCCUGUGCGUCAUCCUCCUCCAGCUUCGUCAACGGUGCCACCAGUAAGAACCUUCCUGCGGUUCAGACGGUGGCCCCCAUGCCUGAGGACACAGUAGAGAACAUGAGCAUCACUACAAAGCUGGAGAGGGCCUUGGAGAAGGUGGCACCCCUGCUGAGAGAGAUCUUUGUAGACUUUGCACCUUUCCUGUCACGCACCCUGCUGGGCAGCCACGGUCAAGAGUUGCUGAUAGAAGGUCUAGUGUGUAUGAAGUCCAGCACCUCGGUGGUGGAGCUUGUCAUGCUGCUCUGUUCUCAGGAGUGGCAGAACUCCAUUCAGAAGAACGCUGGCCUGGCCUUCAUUGAGCUGAUCAACGAAGGAAGGCUGCUCUGCCACGCCAUGAAGGACCACAUAGUGCGGGUCGCCAACGAAGCUGAAUUCAUCCUAAACAGACAGAGAGCGGAGGACGUGCACAAACACGCAGAGUUUGAGUCCAACUGUGCCCAAUAUGCCGCUGACAGAAAGGAAGAAGAGAAGAUGUGUGACCACCUGAUCAGUGCUGCUAAACACAGAGACCAUGUGACGGCCAACCAGCUAAAGCAGAAAAUCGUCAACAUCCUCACCAACAAGCACGGAGCCUGGGGGACGCUGGCCCAGAGUCAUCUGCACGACUUCUGGCGUCUCGACUACUGGGAAGAUGACCUGCGACGGAGGCGGAGGUUCAUCAGAAACGCGUUUGGCUCCACCCACCUCAGCGUCACAUGCAAGUCACUACAAGAGUAUGGCACAGAUGAGGAUGAAGUGGUCAAGUCUAAAACAGCCUUUCGCAGCCAAACUGUGCCCAACCAGAACCCGGAGACGGAGCUGAUGCUCGAGGGGGACGACGACGCUGCCAGUCUGUUGCAGGAGAAGGAGAUGGACAACGUUGGUGCGCGGUUCCUUCCAUGUGUGUUUAUCUCCACAGGCCCAGUGGUGCUGAGCAGCCCGGCUCAGCUCGUCGCCCCUGUUCUGGUGGCCCGGGGGACUCUGUCCAUCACCACUACUGAAAUCUACUUUGAGGUGGACGAGGAUGACCCAGCCUUCAAAAAGGUCGACACAAAGGUCUUGGCAUACACCGAGGGUUUACAUGGGAAGUGGAUGUUCAGCGAGAUCCGGGCCGUCUUCUCCAGGCGCUACCUCCUGCAGAACACAGCGAUGGAGGUCUUCAUGGCUAACAGAACAUCAGUCAUGUUCAACUUUCCUGACCAGGCCACAGUCAAAAAAGUGGUGUACAGUCUUCCUCGAGUGGGAGUGGGCACCAGCUAUGGGCUUCCGCAAGCCAGGCGCAUUUCCUUGGCCACCCCUCGGCAGCUUUUCAAAUCCUCCAACAUGACCCAGCGCUGGCAGAGGAGGGAGAUCUCCAACUUCGAGUACCUCAUGUUUCUCAACACUAUUGCAGGGAGGACGUACAAUGACCUGAACCAGUACCCGGUUUUUCCCUGGGUUCUCACCAACUACGACUCCGAGGAGCUGGACCUGACCUUGCCAGGGAACUUCAGAGAUCUCUCAAAGCCUGUCGGGGCCCUGAAUCCGAAGCGCGCUGCUUUCUAUGCUGAACGCUAUGAGACGUGGGAGGACGACCACACACCACCUUGUCAUUACAGCUCUCAUUGCUCGACUGCUGCCGCCACCCUGCACUGGCUUGUCAGAAUAGAGCCUUUUACAACAUUUUCCCUCAGUGCCAAUAACAACAAAUUUGAUCACCCUGACCGCACCUUUUCCUCUAUUACUCGCUCUUGGAGGAACUGUCAGAGGGACACCUCUGAUGUGAAGGAACUUAUUCCCGAGUUCUACUACCUGCCUGAGAUGUUUGUGAACAGCAACAGCUACCACCUGGGAAUGAGGGAGGACAGGACCAUGGUGUGUGACGUGGACCUACCAGCCUGGGCCACGAAGCCAGAAGACUUCGUGAGGAUCAACAGGAUGGCCCUGGAAAGCGAGUUUGUGUCGUGUCAGCUGCAUCAGUGGAUUGACCUUAUUUUCGGCUACAAGCAGCGCGGGCCGGAGGCCGUGCGUGCCCUCAACGUCUUUCACUACCUGACUUAUGAGAGCUCCGUUAACCUGGACAGCAUCGCUGACCCUUCGCUCAGAGAGGCCACAGAGGCACAGAUCCAGAGCUUUGGACAGACGCCAUCUCAGUUGCUUAUUGAGCCACAUCCUCCACGCAGUUCCGCUAUGCACCUGUGUUUCCUUCCACAGAGUCCUCUGAUGUUCAAGGACCAGAUGCAGCAGGAUGUCAUCAUGGUGUUGAAGUUUCCCUCCAACUCCCCAGUGACCCAUGUGGCAGCCAACACUCUUCCCCAUCUCACCAUACCUGCUGUGGUCACUGUCACCUGCAGCCGCCUAUUUGCUGUCAACCGAUGGCACAACACUGUUGGUCUCCGAGGGGCACCAGGCUACUCUCUGGAGCAGGCCCAUCACUUACCCAUUGAGAUGGAUGCUUUGGUUGCCAAUAACAACGGCAGCAACAAGCGUCAGAUCACAGACCUAGUGGACCAGAGCAUCCAAAUCACCACACACUGUUUUGUGGUGACAGCUGACAACCGCUACAUCCUGGUGUGUGGCUUCUGGGACAAGAGCUUUCGUGUGUACUCCUCCGAGACAGGCAAGCUGACCCAGAUAGUUUUUGGCCACUGGGAUGUGGUGACAUGUCUGGCCAGGUCGGAGUCUUACAUCGGGGGCGACUGCUACAUCGUGUCUGGAUCCAGGGAUGCCACCCUGCUGCUGUGGUACUGGAGUGGACGGCAUCACAUCAUCGGCGACAACCCCAAUAACAGUGACUACCCAGCACCACGGGCAGUUUUAACUGGCCAUGACCAGGAAGUUGUGUGCGUGUCGGUCUGUGCAGAGCUGGGCCUGGUCAUCAGUGGCGCCAAAGAGGGUCCGUGUCUCGUUCACACCAUCACUGGGGACCUACUGAGGGCUCUGGAGGGGCCUGACCACUGUCGGUGCCCACGGCUCAUCUCGGUGUCCAGCGAGGGCCACUGCAUUAUUUACUAUGAGCGAGGCCGCUUCUGCAACUUCAGCAUUAAUGGAAAACUGCUGGCACAAAUGGAGGUCGACGAUUCCACCAGGGCAAUUCUCCUGAGCAGCGAUGGCCACAACCUGGUGACAGGAGGAGACAACGGUGUGGUGGAGGUGUGGCAGGCCUGUGACUUCAAACAGCUCUACAUCUACCCCGGCUGUGACGCUGGCAUCCGAGCCAUGGACUUAUCACAUGAUCAAAGGACUCUGAUCACAGGAAUGGCUUCUGGCAGUAUUGUGGCAUUUAACAUCGAUUUCAACCGGUGGCACUACGAGCAUCAGAACAGGUAUUGAGUUGCGGAUCUACACAGAGGAGCGAGGUGAGGGUGAAGCCAACGCCGACCAACCAUGAGCCACGCUGUACCACAGAUGAUCCACAGAGCACGGCGAUCCGGUGGGAACGCCAGCAUGUUGUAGCUAAUAAAGAGCGAGGUGCACUUACUGUUCAUGCGUCCAUCUGUCCUCCUGUUCAGAUGGAUUCGGUGCCAUUUGUCUGUUGAUGAACAAUCUUAACACUUAGUUGAACACCAGCUGAAGUAUUUCCCCAACUGAGUCAGGCAGGUCUGCUGUUCUGAACCAGGAGAGGCCGAGAUCAACUUACAGUAAGUUAACACAAAACAUGCAUAAUGUAGGCUUUUAAGUUCCUGUUAACGACUGUGAAAGUGCAAAACAAAAAGUCCUUUGUUAGGAGCAUUUAUACAACAUUUGUAUGGAAAAUACAGACUUGGAACACUUUUCUAGGAAAAAGGUGAACCUGUAAAUACGGACAGUGUGAAAAGUCAAGAUCUGAGUACUGUUAGUAACAGGGUGGCUGGUCUAACAUUUCCACAAUCAGAGCUAUGUUUCAGUGUUCAGAAUGUCUCCAUCGCAUUAGUUGGUUAGUAAUACAUGUGGCCAUUCUUUGCUCCUCACUACUAACAGUGGUCAAAUGUGGUGUCUGUGAAAAGAAAGUUAAUUUGUUGUGUUUUAUUGUCUUAAUGGAAGAAAAGUCAAAUUCUGCGUGAGCUUAGUCUCUGUAAACUCUUGUUUUUGGUCCUGAUGUCAGCAAAGAGGAGAAAAAGAUCCAGAUUUCCAUAAAUUACCUUUUAAGAAUGACGUCAAACUAUGUUUCUGAACGCAGAUUCAGAGGUUUUAUUGCCAGAUUGGUUGAACAGUACUGUAGGCCAUGACUGUGUAAAGAAAGUGUCAUUAUAAAAUAUUGUGCAGUUGUUGCACUGCAAGCAUUUGUUAUGUGUCUUCAGUUUUCAUUUUGCCUAUUUUUGCACAAAAUGUUUGCUCAUCCAUUUUAAAUCUGUGAAGUCGUGAACGUCACUUCAUGCUGUAACACAAUGCAAUGGUACAGUAAGCAAUAUUAAAACUUGGUUGCUGAAAGUUCUACAGGAGGUUUGCAGCUGUGUGGUAAAAAUGGUCUAUUUUUUUGGUCAUAUUAAAGCUGUCGUCUGAAUGUAACUGCAGAAAGAGAAGUCAGCCUCUGUGUGUUGACCAUUAAAAGAACUAAAAUAUGCAAGUACUGUAGAUUUUGAGUUUGCGUUAUGUUUUUCCAGUGGUGCUACAGGACGCCAUCCUACCCAAAGGUUUUGCAUGUUAGAACAGCACUGGGUUCAAUCUGCUUUCAUGUGAACUUGUUUUCUUAAAUGUCAUUCUUCAGAGCAUUUAGUUUUUUGUAAUUUUUACAAUGUCAUGGUUGAUAGUGGUAUUGCUAAUAGUUUUUGCAUAUGUUUAAAGCUUAUGAUUAUAUAACUGUAAAAUCAUUCAACAAUUUGUUUUUAAUAAAACCAAAUAAAUAUUC